AUGACCGCAUCACUUCAUGUCCAGCGGUGCCAGGCAAGGCAGGCAUCCAUCCCACCCGGCAUGGUUGCGCGAAAAACACCCAAGACCUCAUGGUUAACCGAUGGGCCCACGCGACGGUCCAUGGGUACAACAAUAUGGUGCCACAAGUUAAAGAAGGAUUUACAUCUGAAACAGCUUGUCAGUGACAGGUUGUUGAAUCUAGGAAAGUUAAGCAAGCAAGCAAGCAAUAGGGGUUCUGGAGCCGGCGGAACAGCCUUGGUUGACAAAGAACAAAAGAGACCACAUCCAUCUCCAACUCGUGUUUUUCCCUAUUGGAUCCCGGUUGUGCGGUAUACAUGUGCUACUACUGUACGCAGCGCACUUGGGGUGCACACGAUGAUUAUCGGAACUGCGAAGAAACGAAUGAAUAAGACUGGGUCAGAGCGCUAUCGUACAUGUAAUCUGCAUCCAACUCAAAUCUUCAGAUUUCCAACCUGUUAG